UUGCGCCGCGUCCUCGCCGCGGUAUGACGUGUUGUUGACGUGUUUUUUUUUGCACAAAUGCUGCAAUAAGUUUGUGAAUUUUGGCUAAAAAUGUCAGUGAAACGUGAAAUGCCAGAUUAUGACGACCCAUUGGCGCUGCAAGCGCACGCGGCGGUGGGUCGGCUCGUGGACUCCAACCAGGCCGACGACCGUAAGAUGAUUCGACUGGUGCGCGAGCGGCCUCUGUUGUACGCGAGGAACAACAUGCCCGUGGCAAGCUACUACACGCAAGUCAAGCUGCUGUGGCAGGAGGUCGCCGACGAGAUGGGCUGGAGCGUGGCGGACGUGCGCCGCAAGUGGUCCCACGUGCGCAACUCGUACUCGCGGCACCUGCGCAAUGAGAUCCACGGCGCGCGCACCGGCAAGGGCCGCAUGGUCUCGCGCUGGUACCUCGCCGACGAGCUCAACUUCCUCAAGGAGCACAUGGCCACCGACAUGAGGUCAUCACCGUACUCGACGUGGAUGGAGCUGUCGGAGAAGACGCCGCCGAGCGAGCGCGUGGAAGUAAAGCCGUUCCUGCAGACGCCAUGGUUCGCGCUACCUGCGCAUGCGCACGCGCACACCAAGCUCGAGCCGGACACCCACACCGACGACAGCUCCGGCUCGCACACCUUCGAGGCCGACGAAAAUUCCGCUUACUUCCAAUUCUUCAGGGGCAUUCACAACGACUACCAGGAACUGCCGGCGCGCAAGCAGCGCCUGUUCCGCCGCCAGUGUCUGCAGCUGCUGCACGCGUUGCUCGACGAGGACGACUCGCAGAGCGACGCCAUGAACCUCUCCAGCUCGGGACAGCCCGACGAGCUCGAACAGAAGGUGUGCGUCGACAGUCCCAACACUGUGUUGCCGCACUGAGCACGCACACGCACAGUGGUCAAGUGAGUCGUGUAACGGCAGAUGUAUACCUAUCAACUACGACUAUGAGUAGACUGUAUAUUAUAUUUGAUGUAGGUGGACUUUACGCUCCAGUUUUCUCGGCUGUGGUCACGUUUCGAAGCAAGGAAAAUGCGGUUUUAGUAAGCAUCUUAUAUAUCUUAAAAAAGUACGCACAAGCCGCCGAUAUGAUACCUAUUACCUGUACUAUAAUUUUGGGAUUGCAGAUCUAGAUUACAGAUCACAGCACAGCGGCUUCUCACGAGCGGACCACUGUUUUUGAAUGCCGCGAGCGGAGUUAGUUCCUAUUAUAGUAAAAGUUACUGUAUAUAAAGAUGACAUUUUUUUUCGAAUGAGACAUUGUAUUUAUUUAAGGGUGUUCUAGUCGGUCGGCGUUGUCGAGGCAACAAAGUAACAUGAAAAAGAAAAAUAUUUAUUGUUCACCAAUAGUAUUAUUCCUUUAUUUAUCAUAGAAUUGCUGUAAAAUUGUAAAAACUGUUAACAAUUAGAAUAAUAAAAGUGACAACCGAUCAACUUUUUUAUGUGUCUCGUAAUUGUAAGAUAUAUGUGUAUUCUGUAGAGUAGGUAUGAUAAAUUGUUUUUCGUGUAGUGGCGUACUUCUACGAUGCAUGGAAUAGACCUUCAGGACCAACAACCAAAAUCUGUGUAGAUUUAAAACACACGUGAUGAGAUGGGACCGUGGGCGCACCAGCUGCACCGCCGACUAUCUCAUCGGUGUUAGCCGUCAACUUUUAUCGUACUUUACCAAUAAUAUCUAUGUUAAGUAUUAAUAUACUAACUAUAGGGUAGCCACAAUGUUCGGGUGAAGCGGUCGCGGGCCUUCACUUCGCUUAGUUGUGAUAGCUCGAGAAAAUACAACUGUUACAGAAAAAAUAAUAUUUUCUUUCAAUAUCUUGAUGUCAUAUUUAUUUCUCAGUCUUACUAAUAUUAUAUAAUAUUUUAUAUUGUAAUAUCAUAAAGAGGAAAUAUUUGUUGGAUUGUAUUUUAACAUCGAUAAACUCUGGAACUACUACACGGA